AUGGAAAUCAAGACAAUAACAGUCCAUGCCGGAACAAUUUUCGACGCCAAAGCGAGACAAUUCAAAGAAAAUGUAUCAAUUACAGUGGACCCCCGAACAGGCAGUAUCGUCAGUGUACGCCAGCGGGACAGCCCAACCGCCAAUCUAAGAGACGGCGAUAUUGAUCUCCGCGACAAGAUAGUCAUGCCUGGAUUCGUAGACGCACAUACUCACAUAUUCCUACACGCAUACAAAGAGCGGUCCUCCCUAGAGCAGAUGAGAGAUGAAAGUAUCGUGGAACGGACAAUCCGUGCAACAAAUCACGUUCGCCGGGCUCUGCUCUCAGGAUACACCACAUACCGCGACCUGGGCACAGAGGGAAUGGCAUCGUUCGACACAAACGUACGAGAUGCUAUUAACCGCGGUCUCAUCCCCGGGCCACGACUCUUCGUGGCAACUGAAUGUCUCGCAUCCACAGGCUCAUAUCAACUGCGUCUGGAAAAUACCGCCAACGGGGCCUCUGGUCCGCGAAUCUCAGAUCCCUGCGACGGACCUGUAUCGUGCAGGGCUGCCGUACGCAGACGAGUCGCCGCAGGAGCAGACAUCAUCAAGUUCUACGCCGACUACUCCCGCCAAGCGAUGCGGUUCCCGGCCGUGGAAACUCACGGGUCAAGCAUCCCCGUUCAAUUCCCGCCUAGGAACCCGAACCCGCCGAUAGUCAUGUUCAACCAAGAUGAGAUGAAUGCAAUUGUGGAGGAAGCCCAUCUCGCUGGCCUCCCGGUAGCAUGCCACGCCAGCACCGCCAAGGGAGCGGCCAUGGCAGCAAAAGCAGGUGUAUCCAGCAUCGAACACGGAAACUUCAUCACAGAAGAGGUGUUCGCGGAAAUGCACCGCAACAACUGCAUCUUUGUGCCUACUUUGGGAAUUAUGGAGGUGCUUAGGAAGCACGACCUGGCUAGACUGCAGCGCAAUGUGAAGAAGGCGUUUGACAUGGGUGUUCGGCUUGCGGCGGGCGGUGACACAGGCGCGUUUAAUCACGGCGAGGGCGCGCGAGAGAUGGAGCUCAUGAUUGAUGCGGGUGUUCCGGUGGAAGAUGUCUUGGAGGCAUGUACGGUGGGCGGGUGGGAGUCGUGCGGGAAGGAUGCCUGCGGGUAUAGGUUUGGGUGGUUUGAGGAGGGGAAUAGAGCUGACAUUAUUGCGUUGGAUGCUGAUCCGAGGGUCGACAGGGAGGCUUUGAGGAAGGUGAGUUUUGUGAUGAAGGAUGGACGGGUGUGGAAGAGAGGUGGUGAGGCGGUUGGAGUAGAGUGA